CUAGUUUCCAAAGUUUUUAUGAGGCGCUAUGGAUAGCUGAUGGGCAAAAAGUGAGUUCCUGUUGUAUUAGCCGCCAAAAUAAAAGUCAGAUGGAUGACAUUAACGUGCUGCACCACAGAUGCCUCCUGAACCUGAGACGUCGAAUCAGAGAUAUUGGGGAUGGGCGCCCUGCACAGGAACGAUACAUGAGGUUGCAGAAGGAUGGAGACACACUCAGUUACCAAGGGAACUCCGAAGAGGUGGGUUGCUAUGUGGCAGGCCAUCCUUUAUCAAAGGGAAAUUGCUACUUUGAGGUGACAAUAGUGGACACAGGGGUGAGGGGUACCAUUGCUGUGGGCCUGGUGCCUAAAUUCUACAGGCUUGACCACCAGCCUGGCUGGCUGCCAUACUCUGUAGCUUACCAUGCUGACAACGGCAAGUUAUACAAUGGCAACCCCGUUGGACAGCAAUUUGGGCCAAAGUGUACUCGUGGUGACCGCAUUGGCUGUGGAAUACACUCUGAAAAUAUUAAAGCAGGUUUUAAGAUAGUCUUUUUCACCAAAAAUGGCAAAGAGGUGGGAUCACUGGAGGUUCCCAUUUCUGCAGAGGGGCUGUUCCCAGCAGUAGGGAUGCAUUCCAUGGGGGAAGAGGUGAAGGUUGACCUACAGGCCGAGUGGUUCCUGGAGGAAGAUGAAAGUAUGAUGAUGGUGGACAGCCAUGAAGAUGACUGGGGGCGGCUUUUCGAUGUCAGGGUUAGCGGCACGCUCCUGGAGUAUGUUGGCAAAGGAAAGAGCAUCAUGGACGUGGGUUUGGCUCAGGCCCGCCAGCCACUCACCACCCGAUGCCACUACUAUGAAGUGGAGAUUGUUGAUGCUGGGGAGAAGUGCUAUAUUGCCCUAGGCCUGGCAAGAAGGGACUACCCCAGGAAUCGACACCCGGGAUGGAGCCGAGGGUCGGUGGCUUACCAUGCUGAUGAUGGCAAGAUCUUUCAUGGCAGCGGCGUCGGAGACGCAUUUGGUCCCCGCUGCUUCAAAGGGGACAUCAUGGGCUGCGGCAUCAUGUUCCCACGAGACUACAUCCUGGAAGGAGAAGGUGACAUGGACGACUGGGAUUCCCUCGAGGUCCGGCCCGGACAUCCUGGCGUCCAGAACGUCCUGUACCUCAACGACGACGAAGAGGAAGAUGGUGAAGAGAUAGAGCAGGGACAGGAGGGCAGGAACGUCACGGUGUUCUUCACGAGGAACGGGAAGCUGAUGGGCCGGAGGGAGAUGAGGGUCCCUCCCGGGGGCCUCUACCCCACUGUGGGGAUGCUGAGCAGCGGAGAGAAGGUCAAGGUGGAUCUGCAUCCCCUCAGUGGAUGAGGGCGACGCCCUGCAAACAGCUGGAACGCUCACAUGCGCACCCCGCUGUCGUCAUCCCCGCCGCCGCCUCUGCUUUGAUUUGUAACACGUGUACGUUUUCACAACUGGAUUGUCCUCCUGGUUGUGAAGUAGCAGAGAGGUCGUACACGAGUAGAGAGCUGCACCGCGGAGCGAAAGAAAAAAAGAAGAAACUAAACUGUUAAUUCUAUGCAAUCUGUCCCGCUAUCAUCCUCACAGCCGACCUCUCUGCGUGCAGCGUGUGUCUGAGACACUGAGCUGUUGAAUCCCUCUCAAGAGGUCUGGCACUCUUUGUCUAUUUCAUUUGUCACGGCCCCAAGCAAAGCAGAGCGAGGCCAACAGUCGGAGCUCGUUGGCGGUUUAUGUUUCAGGGAAUAGAUCCUCUCUCUCUCUCUCUCUCUCUCUCUCUCUCUCUCUCUCUCUCUCUUUCUCAAAGUCCCUCUUGCUGUCCUCUCUCUGGGUGAGGCUGCCCUCCUGUGAGCGAUCCCGCUCUUGCCUCGCCACGCUGGCUGGAAGUGAACUGUGGAUCUGUUGCAAUAUUUCAGAAAUGCAUCCAUGCUAAUUUUUUGUGAUAAUUGUGUGAGGAUUAGUGCAGGUGUCGCAGGUGUCGCAAUCACGACCUCACAUGAGAUGCUGUUACUGAGCGUGAGCAGUGAAUACAUAUCUGAGUGUUUUUUUAUCGUUUUCUGUUGGAGUUUAUAACGAUAAAUAUGUCCGAUAAAUAUGUCCGGUACAUUUUCUUCCAGGAGAUCUAAAAAAAAUACACGUUUAUCGUUAUCUUCGACAUUAAAAGUUCAGGGAAUGUGUUUGAUGCACUUUGGAGCUGUGGAGACAUUUCGGGUGCACAUCAUGAAUAAACCCCCCUUCCAGUGUCAUGCAGUCCGAUGCAGCAGCACAACGAUCAUGAGAAGUAACCAGAUGUAUCGGGGAGUAAAAUGUCACUUCAAACUCACACAGAGGUGAAUGUUCUGUUGUUUUGGAUUGCAUCCGACUGUAAAGUGGUAUUCUGGUUUGACUCACUCUGCAUGUUUGACCUCAAUACACAGGAUUGAUUACCAUCUUUUCUACCCCCCCCCCCCCCCUCCUUCCUCCCAAUGUUGAAUCUUUACAUUACAACAAUGUGAUCUUUUUGCAGUGAGUUUAAAAGAAGAGCGUUUUGAUGUUGUGCUUUAGGAGUCGGACGAUGACUUCCUCUCCGUGUUGCUGUUUGUGAUGUAGAAAUAUCUGCUGGAAGUUGUUUUUGAAGUUGACGAUGAUGUUUGGUCGCACAGCGUUCGACAGCAGCAGCUGGGCUGCUUCACAAAGCCAGAGAAGUGGUUUUUCCAUCUAACUUUGGGCGUGACUCACUAUCAAGCAGCGUAGACCUUUUUCAUUGUUGAUUAAUCUGCUAAUUAUUUUCUUGAUUGAUUAUUCGUUUGGUCUAUAAAAUAUCAACCAUAUUUAGAAAAGGCCUCAAAUCAAUAAUGUUAUGAUUAAUCGAUGAAUCAAUUAGUUUAUACGAACAAUUAUCUGAAAACUAUUUGGAUAAUUGAUUAAUUGUUUUUAUACAAAAAUAGUGAAAAUAAUGCCAAAUAUGUUCUGGUUCGUCUUAUAUAUAUCGUUAUGACAAUGAUGAUUGAUUAUGAUUAUUAUGUGUAACAAUGAUCCAAAGGAUUGUUAUAUAUCAUGUUUGUUUACUUGUUAGCAGCACUGCUAAAUACUAAAUGAAAACUCGUGUGUGUCCCGAAUGCUGUGGCCCGUUUGAUUCUGCUGUGAAGCCAAAGCGAACGUCGGGGGGGUUCCCGGUUGGUUUGGAGAGGAGGGAACCGGAAGUGCAAAAAACACAAACUUGUUUCUGGGUCUCGGGACUCACUCCUGCAACACGUAAUGGCAAACUCACCCCUCGCUGUAUUAGUAAACACCAGUUAUCCUGGAUCAUCCAUGUUCUGCUCAGUUAAACCAGGUACAGGCGGAGUUUAACUUUAUGAUACGGACCUCAGAGCUAAAGCAAUCUGUUCAGGUGAAUGAGAAAUACUGUAGAGUUUAUUAUAUUGUGUCAGUGGGAGCUGGUUUCCACUCAGAUUAUUCAGAACAAUGUGAAUGAAGGGAAUGACGUCAACUUGAUUCAAUUAUAUCCGCUGAUCAUCAAAUUCAUCUGCGUCUUCCCACAUCUGUAUUUGUCUUGUCCAACAUAAACUAUAUUGUACAUUCAUACGAGGCGCACACCCCAGGUUCCUGAAGUGUUUCAUCAUUCACACUGCAGAUGCUAGAAAUGUAUCGUACACAGGGUAACCUAUUAAAUCAAAUAUCUGCUGGAGAUGGUUUGUUUUCAGCUGUUGUCAUGCAUCUUGUUUUUGAGCCAUUGACGUAAUAAAUCUGUAAAUCUGU